AUGACGGUCGCGAAUGUGCUAUGUGAAGCGCAGGUUGAUCGUGUCUCCGCGGAUACUCAAUCAGCAGGCACCUGUUCCGCGCCGACAUUGAGCCUUCUCAGAGCGUUAUUGGGCCUGGAUGACACAGCCAAAGAUGCUUGGAACGGCGCAACAGCACCCAAAUCCACUAAAGAGAAGACUGCAACCGCUACAAGAGCUGUUAAACCAACGAACGAAUCUAAGGUCGGGAGCAUUGCAAACUUUACCAUACUCAGUUGUCCGGACCUACCGAUCAAAUGCCUUCCGGUGAACAGGCGAGUAGCAUUGGCUACAGUCACGUUCAAUAAGACGCUGAAGAACUUGGGAGACGCACUUAAGGCACGGCAAACUUCAACCUAUGUGCAGUCAGGAAAUACGCGCAGUCCACUCAAGGAAACGCAGGGUCGCAUUCCGAGUGUUACAAAGAAGACCUCGAAACCAGGUGCUCCAAGCCAACGUCUGCGGCCAAAGUCACCAGAGUUACAACGGAAGGCAUCCCAGCCUACACCACCCUCAUUUGACCAGGCCACUCUUCUUGCGACGGCAGAAUGUGCAAGAACGUGCCUUCAAUGUUUGCGGCUCUCAAAAGGUGGAGAUAGUGCUACGGAGAAGCAAGAUGAACAGCUUGAAAAGGGUGCUCUGGUGCUCAUCUCAAAGCUGCAGGGUCUCGGCCUUGUCGCUUCAGCAAUUGAGGAGACCUUGAAUGUACGAAAGGCCCUAGAGCACAUUCUCAGGCGACAAGAAGAGCAUCCCAUGAACGGCGCAGAAGUGGGCAGAAAGUCGUACGGAUCCUUGGAUCAAUGCAUUGACUUCGAGUACUGUGGCAACAAUGCGAUAACCUUUGCACUCAUCACUGCCUUCCAAGCUAAAGUAUUACAGCUUAUCGCUGUUGAUGAUGGUUCUCAGGCAGGCGAGAAUCUUCUGGAACAGCUUGAUCCCUCUAAUGCAAGAAGUCCUUGCCGCGCACUUCUCCACGGUGUGGAACGAGGAUGGCUAUCUGCCGAGAAAGCUGCACUGCAGUUGCAUGCCCUGUCGCAAAAUGUACUUUCAAUAUGUUCGGUACCUACGAAUGGCACCUCAGAAAAGCCAACGAGCCUCAGUUACAGAGAAGUACAAUUCCGAAUGCAAUGUCUCGCAUUACAAAUUCGUUGUUACUGGUGGCAAAUUGCACACCAUCAACCUGACAUUGAUAAGGAGGUAUGGGUUCCUUUCAACCAUUAUGUAGGAUCGCUACGUCGAAGAGCUAGUCAAAUAACGAAGGCCCAUUUUGUGCUGGUCAAAGGGUGUCUAGAUCAACUACUGAAUGUGCUCUCCGAAACACAGAACGCCCUCAACGAUGGAAAAUUGACACUGCAGCCCAGCUCAGCGGUCAUGCUCACAUUACAGAACAUGGCCGAAGCUGCCGGUUCCACUAGGGAGUCUACAGCUCUGCUACAUGAUCUCAUAGGCUUAUGUACUGAUCGUUCGGGACUGCCGGCCGUAAUCAGCUAUUGCAAGCUGGCCGAUGCAUUGCUUCUAGACAUUGGAUCCAGAACCGAGGAUCUUAUCCACACGUUGGAGACGACGCUUACCCUUCUCGAAAGGCCCUUAAAGGGCACGACAACAGAAAUGGAGGAUUUGCUCAUACAAGCAUCAAGCCUGCGGAAGGCAGCUGUGAAGCGCUUCACGGAAAUCAGCGAAAAGCUACAGAAGUCGGCUCCGUGUGAUGAAAGCUACAGCCGCUUAUCCAAUGUUUGUAUUCGCAUCAUAUUCGGUGUGCUGCAUUUUGUGGUUCGCUAUACUAGCUUCAAGCGUCAGGAUGAGCCUAAAGCAAGGUGUGUUGCCAAAUCUUCUGAAAGAGGCCAACACUUGGCCUUGAUAGCACAGCAGUCUUCGAAAAGUGCUCUUGCAGCUGUACAUUCUAAUAUUACCCAUCAGUAUGUUUCGUGGGAGUUCUGUACUGCUGCUCUGGAUGAUUGUCUUGCCGUCAGAAAGAUAAUGAAUGAAGAUUGCGAAGUCGUUCCGAACACGGACGUCAAAGUGUCAAACAUGUUCUGGUCGUGGUAUCUGAAGCAGAAGGAGAGCGGUGCAAGUUCAUUCAACCUCGUGUCAAUACUAAUGAGAUCCAUACAACCCCUAGAGAGGUCUACACCGGCUGAGGCACGGACAGGCUUCCUUGCCGUCAAAUGUGAGAGAGCAGCUGCUCUGUACGUUGAGCUCAAGCAAAUUAAGAGCGCCCGCCAGGUUCUGGCAAUUGCCAUAACUGCUCACUUACAAGAUGCCAUAUUUUCGAACGCUUUUGAAAGGGAACCUACCCAGUCUCCUCAGCAAAUGUGGGUUGAAGCUGAUUCCGCGGGGUUCAUCCUAGGAAGAGUGCUUUCUGCGUACGCUAGACUGCUUAUAAGGGACGCGCACGAUCCUCCAUCCUCGUGCUUCUACGACAAAGCAGACCUCAAGCGUGAGGAGCGAGCUUUGCUACUCGAAAAGCAAUUCGGUGCAUUGAGAGAUAUGUUGGUGUCGCAGAAUCUCCACCCUCGAUUGAAGGAAGUUGUUGAGGUUGUACUUUCGUUAUACAGCGAAAGUACACAUUUGCUGUAUCAGUUGCGCUUCAUAUCUACGGUCUUGUCGUUCUGUUCAAGAAAUAGUAUACGCCCGUGUCAAUUCUUGCCUGAGCAGGCCGUGAAACUGUGCAUGGAUAGACCUACCGAGUACAUUCUUCCGGGUCGGUCAGCUUCAGCCAGGUGUCUUCAUUCUUUCGUCUUGGUUCAGUACGCCUUUCAAAAUGGUAGUACGUCUGUGGAGCUGUUACAACAUCUUGUUAGUUUUCACACCAUGGCCAGAGACUCGUGCGAUAGCUGGACCUGUGUUUUGCGUUCUGUCAACGACCCUGCAAUUAUCAUUGCGCAAGUGCAAUCCGUUGUAGACUACACAGAUAUGCUUGGUCUCAUGCAAAUCAAGCUUGAUGCGCUUCUAUUGAUGAAACAUCUACUCGAGCUCCAGCCAGAAAAAGAUGUUCCUGCACUGGUGUCUUGCACCACUCAUAUUGGGCUGCAAUACACUCGCAUGGGGUUGACCAACAUUGCUGGUCGCACUCUUGCAAAUGCUGAAAGAUAUCUGACUCAGAGCAGCUCUAAGACACUGAUCGCGUUGCAGUGGCAUCUUGCAUAUGCAGAAUAUCUUAUAGCGCUGUCUAGCUGUGAGAAAGCGGCAGAGCACUUAGUCUCUGCUCAAUGGCGCUAUGAAGCCGACUUCAUAUCGGACCAAGAAAGCGGGUUCUCUGGUCCUCGAAUUGCCCAGCACAAGUACCUAGCUCAAGCAGCUUGUCUUGCCUCUGAUGUUGCCUUACAGCACGGAGACAUAGAUAGUGCUAUCAUGCAUGCGAAGAAAAGCGUAAGACUUAGCAUCCGUCUGUGGAGUAUGCUUGAGAAGCUACUUGGUGUAAAACGUCUUCCCGUGGUGGUGGAACGAAAGGACGCAAAACUUGAGGGGCUCACUGAAGACCUGUCGGACAUGACACUCUCUACUGAAGUCCAAUUAAAGGCUUCGUCGCCAAAGGCUGCUGCAUUUUGGGCUUAUGUGCAGAUUCACUUCGAAGGCCUUCUCCAUCUGUCCAGCUUGUCUGUUCACCAUGGCAGCUUUCAGGAUGCUGUUUACUAUUGCGAGCAAGCGAAGAAGGUUGCUGAGGCUAUAGAGUCCGACUUUCUUCUUCGCAGAUCAGCAUCCACUCUAGCAGCUCUUUUGGCUCAAGGUGGCCGCCUGCAGGGUAGUCAGCUAAUGCUGGACCUCUGCGCGAGUCACAUCAAAGAUACUGGUACUCCUAUGGAUUCGGUUCGGGUGUCAAUGGUACUUGCUAGUGCACAUCUUGCCAGGGGCGAAUUCAACCGGGGCUUGGAAGCUACCGAACAUGCGCAGAAAGCACUGUCUAAGAUUCAGACUGAAGAUCAUCUAUUUUCUCACUCCAAAACGCAAGAAGAAAGCUCCGCCAGGGCAACGACUACCCAAAGGGCCUUUCGGUCUGCGGGCCAACGUGCAAGCAAAGCAAGUAAGCCGCACCAACAGCCAAACGAGGUUGUUGGUGUCGCAGCGCAUAUUGAUGUUAAGGAUGUUCCAGCUCGUGAGCUUGUAGCGCCAAUAUCGGGCAGCGUUUGGAUGCAAGCUUUGCAAGCCGAAGCUCUUCUGCUCAAGUCUAGCCUCUGCAUAAAGUCCGGAUGUGAAAAAGAUGCUAUGAAUCUGCUUAAGCAAGUAAUAUGCUUAGCUCGGCCGUCCGCCACUGAUGUGAAGCAUUCCGUUCUGCAAGCCACGUUGAUGCUGGCUGACGCCUUGCGGCUGUUUCAGUCGGAUGCUGUGUAUUCCGUUCUCUCCGAAUCUUCAAUAGCGUUUCCAACUCACCGAGGGGAAGCAGAAGUUGGCCUACGGUACGAAAAUGGUGCGCAAGGUGAAAUGACAAGCACUCGUCUCAAUCCGGUUGGCAGUCCGCGCAAGAAGACCAUGAAGAAGCAGGCAUCGACUCCCACCGCAUUACUGAAGCCGAAAGAGCUCUUGAGCAAUGCUCGUGAGCUGCUAUUGUCGUUCUUGUACUCAUCACUCUCAAGCUCCGCGUCCACGGUUGCGAACGAACUUUGCUGUCUGUUGACUCGCGUGCAAUUAAUUUCCACCGCCCUUUCAGAUGCCACCAGUCUGAGUACAUUUCAAAUUGCUUGUCACUUUAAUGCGCCCAAGUCGAUGCGCUGGUUUCGAGAGGUCGCGUCUAUCAGUGCGGACAAUGUCCUCGGCGAUAAACCUAGGGUUUUUGCAUGGCCAGAGAUUCGUGAUUGCGAUGAGUGCACAACAUCAGCUCUUGACUGUGCGCUCCUGCAGCAGCAAUUACAUAAAACCCUGCCACCGUCAUGGAACGUUAUAACAAUGGCUAUGGCUGACGACUCAUCAGAGAUGAUCAUCUCCAAAAUUCGGCAGAACUACUCACCCUUUCUGUUACGACUGCCGUUAGAUCGGUCUGCCGGUGAAGAUUUGGACGAAGAACCUUUCAGAUUCCACACAGCUUAUAGUGAAUUAGGCGAUAUCAUUAGCAAUGCCAAUCUAACAGCUCACGAUAUGAAAGCUGGGUCGAACAGGCAGGCAAAGAAACUGUGGUGGGCAACUAGGGAGGCCUUGGAUGCUCGUUUAGCGUCCCUGCUGGAAAACAUAGAGACUCUUUGGCUUGGGGGCUUUCGAGGAGUCUUUUCUGAUCAGUAUCAUGAUGAGGAACUACUUUCUCGUUUCUUGGAAUCUCUUUCGCGAACACUUGACCGACACUUACCUUCGCGCCGGAAGGCUGGCGCCGCUUCAAAACCAAGGAUGCAUUUGCACCCGUACGUGUUGGAGCUCUUCGUUGCUCUCGGACAUCCUGAUAAGGGUGACCUUGAUGACGCUAUCAUGGAUCUACUGUAUUUUGUCAUUGAUAUUCUACAAUUUCAGGACGAACGUAACGCCUACGAUGAGGUUGACUUUGACGCUAUCGUUUUGGAAGUCAAUGAUGCAUUACGAAGCUACCAUGAGGCUGCUAGGGCUGCUCCUGCAAAUCAAGGACGUCAUACAAUUCUAAUCUUAGAUCAAGGUCUGCACAGUUUUCCGUGGGAGUCACUCCCUUGUCUGGAGGGGCAAUCAGUCAGUAGGAUGCCUUCUUUGGCUUGCUUGCAAGAACGACUAUUACGGAUGAGACAGAACAAUGAGAUUAGUUCUGGUCUCCAUAUCGAUGCGUGCAACGGCGCAUACAUACUCAAUCCGUCUUCUGAUCUGGCCUCGACGCAAGAGACAUUGCUUGGACCUUUCAGUCACUCUCUUGCCACUUACACAUCCAUAGUCAACCGAGCGCCAUCCGAAAUAGAGUUCGAGUCCUGCCUGCGAGAUAAAGAUCUUUGCCUCUAUUUCGGACACGGCAGCGGUGCCCAAUACAUCCGAGGGCGCACCAUCAAGCGACUGAAGCAAUGUGCGGUGACAUUCUUGAUGGGAUGUAGUAGCAGCAAGAUGGUCGAAUGCGGCCAGUUCGAACCGUAUGGCGUGCCGUACAACUACCUUUACGGAGGCUCGGCGGCGGUAGUGGGAACUUUGUGGGACGUCACAGAUAAGGAUAUUGACAGAUUCGCAAUGGAAACAUUUAUUAAUUGGGGACUGCUUGACAGAAGUGUUGUGGUGGAGAACACCAAAGAGAGAGCACGGAAAACGAAGCCAAGGGGGACGGGAAGGGCAAAGAAACAGAAUGCAGGCCCUCGUGAUAGGCCUGCUGGAGAACAAACACAGACUGAAGUUGGCCUGGAUGACGCUGUGGCGAAGGCGAGGGAUGCUUGCGUAUUGCGGUACCUCAAUGGAGCUGCACCAGUCAUCUAUGGUAUACCGGUGUAUUUGAAGUGGUAG